AUGAGCGCCCCUACAAUUACUCCUGUGGCAUCAAGAGCGAACUCUAUGAAUUAUGACGUGCGUAAGUCUUUGGAUGGUCAGUAUCGACCAUCUACAUCCAAAGCUAUUAUGUCCGAUCGAUCCUCUAGUGGCACUGACGCUGCUACAUUACGACAAUCUUUCAUGACACGUCUUCCCGAGUUGCGAAGCUCUAGACCUUCUGAUGGAGAAGUCGAAAUCAUGUUUGCAGAUCUCAUGAACCGACGAGAUAUGCUUCAAGGACCGAGCGCUCCAUCUCAGGAGGCUGUAAACAGCAUGUUUGAAUUUACGCCUGACAAGAAAUGGACACUGGUGUAUAAUGAUCUGCUGACUACCCAAUCAGCAGAGAGGGAUCGACAGCGUCGCUUUCCUACUCCAGCUACGUCAGCAGCAAGUGCCCAAGCCACGUCUAUGGUCCUGGUCCGCAACUCGCCUGAAUGUAAGCCUGGGGCUUAUGAUGCACUCCAUCACCAAAAAUGCAUUAACGGAAUAACACGGUCAUUGAUAUCGCCGCAUCUUCCCACUCGCAAACAGGCAGCAGAUAUUCUUCUUUUCUUAUGUCACUGGGAGAAGCCCCAGGGUCAUCGACUGGUGCUACAAGGUAUUGAUGAACUUAAGGAUACCAUGAAGCUUCCUGGCCGCUUUGAUGCGUGGUUUGGGGCCCUUGAAACUGCCAUUGAUGGACGAGGGCGCAUGGGUAGCCUGGUGGGCGCCAGUGAAGAAUUUCGAAAACUGCAGUUAACGGCAUUACCCGAGGCAAGUCUUCCUGAAUAUGUGGUGAAUAACAUGUUCCUAGUCAAUGCUCUGGUGAACAGUGAUAUUGUUGAGUCUGUCAAGGCACGAGUUCACUUGCGAUCGCAGAUGACUACGAGUGGGCUACCAAGGAUAAUGGCCAAGAUGCGCGAGCUUGGGACACCUGACUUGAAUUUACAACUUCAAGUGUUUGAGCGCAGUGCAGCAGCAGACAAUGAAGACCUUAUGUUAAGCUUCCAGCGAGAAGCUUCACGCGAUUUAAGCAACCCCAAUGAGGUGUUUAACCUCGUUAUGGAACGUGUAAAAGACACACGUGCAAAAGACUUUUUUAUGAGUGCCAUGCAGCAUCUGCUCUUGAUCCAGCAUGAUGGAAACGAAAUGGUUCACUAUUUCAAACUCAUUGACUCCAUGAUUUCCACGGUUGUCCUUGAUAAAGAUGGUACAGCAUCAGCUGGUGAUAUGGCGUCACUUAUUGGUUCCUCAGUGAAUAAUGUGCUAGACCGUUUUGCAGACCAAGAUCUAAUGGAACGCAUGCAAAAUGAACUCAAGGAAACCCGACUUAGGCUGAACACGCGUGAAAGUGAGCUACAGAACUUACAAAAACGCUUGGAUGAUGCGGCUGGUGGGCUUGUUGGACAAUUGGAAGCACAGAUCAAAGAGCUCCAGAAUGACUUGGAAAUAUCUCGGGAAAAUGCAGCAGCCUUGCAGCAUGACAUGGAUGAAAUGGAGCGAUCCUAUGUGGACAGAAUCCUUGGAUUGGAAUUGGAGCUUCAACGACAGGUUGAACGCAGUCGUACGAUUCGAAAACUUGUGGCAAACUCGACUGAAAAGGUGAAGGUGCUCGAUACUGUAGGAGCGUCGCAUGAUUCCUACAGUUCGCCUAUCCCACCGCCGCGGUCCAUUCGUCGGGUUUCUUCGUCCUCUCCUAAUUUGAACAAUGAUGCACAGGAAAGAAUAGGGCUCACAGCCAUGGGUCUUUCUGCGUCUGCCAAUCCUUCGCCAGCUAGUGAAAGUGUUGAAAAGUUCUCAUCUCAGAAUGAACUGGACGAAUCAAACGAAUGGGGCCUGCAAGCAAAGCUUGCCUCUACUAUGGCUAAUGAUGCAGAUAUGCAAGAACGGAUGCGCAGCGUCCGCGCUUCCCGGAUGCGCCGACGUGAUACUAUGGAAGAUACUUUUCAAGAUACUUCUUCGCAGGACAUGACGCCUCGAAAGUCUCAGGGUAUAACGCUGGUGCCAGUGCCGCAUGCUCGUACGUCCACGCCGGAAGAAUUUGCCACACCGACUCAAAAGCCUCAACAUACUUCGCCGCACUCUUCUAGUCUUACACCUCGCGCGAGUCUUUCCGAUUCGAAGACACAAGGACCUAGAACUUUGCACGAGCAAAGCGAGCCGCCUCUUAUUGCAGCAAAAAGCCCGGUGCGCACUACCUUUUCACUUAGUCAAGGCCCCAUUGUUGGUACAGAUUUAGCAGCGGCUCGGAUUGCGGACUUAUCAGAAGUACACAAGGAAUCACAGGACCCGUCCAUGUCAGAUCCCAAUUUGCGCAUAUCCACCCCUGAUCCUGAAUCCCAAAACAUUGAACAAUGUCCGCCACCACCGCCACCACCACCACCGCCGCCGCCGCCUCCAUCAGUUGCCCCUGUGGAGACUUGUGAAGAACCAGCAUACUCCCCCAAAGACGGUACGUCCGUGGCUCCGCCUCCGCCUCCGCCACCGCCUCCUCCUCCGCAGAAUGGUUCUGGUGCAGCUAUGCCUCCGCCUCCGCCUCCGCCUCCGCCACCUUCAUCGGGGCCUGGAAACAAUACUGUUCUUGCUGCACUCAAGCAAAAGAUGGCAGAAAAAGCAGGCUCUUCCGUUAUUCACUCUCCCGAUGCUGCAAGUGAUGGUUACUCUUCCCUACUAGGUGUUCGCACCUCGUUCCAAUCGGAUCUGGGCCCUCCGGGACCGAUUCAUGCACCUCCUGCGCCAUCUAAUACACUUCCUCUGUCGUCGAAUUUGCGCAAGAAUGUACUGGAUAUGGCUAAAUCACGAAUGAAGCAGCUUCAGUGGGAUAAGUUAUCUGCGGAACAUGCCUCCAGCACGGUAUGGGACAAGGCGUCUAAAAAUGAAAUGUUGCUCCGUGACAUGAUUCUGCAGCAUGGCUUAUUUGGUGAAAUGGAUGAAGAAUUCAAAGCAAAAGAAUCAUCAAAGAAACUUCAGAAUGUCAAAAGGGACAACAAAGAGCUGCAGACCCACCUCAAUUAUGCAACGCGUCAAGGUAUUGAGAUGGUGCUCAAGCGUCUCAAGAGUCGCUUAACUGACAGCAAGCAGUGUACGCCUGAAGAACUUGCCCAUUUGAUUAUACAAUGUGAUCCUCAGGUGUUUGACCAAAGUCUUUUGACUGAAUUGCUCAGGUAUUACCCUGAAUCGGAAACCAAGGGCCGUUUGGGCGAAUAUAAGAAUGCUCCCGAUGAGCAGCUCCGUCUUUUGCACCCAGCUGAUCGCUUGGUUGUAUUGUUGAUGACUGUACCGCACCUGAAAGAUAAGGUGAAAGGCAUGUUAUACAAGACAAAAUAUCAGGAUACAGUGGACCUCAUUCGAAGCGGACUGGACAAAAUUCAAAACGGUGCCGAAGCUAUUAUGGAUGCCCCUAACUUUGCCAAACUUUUGAGUGUGGUUCUUCUCUUUGGAAAUUAUUUGAACGCUACAGGUAUCAAGGGUGGUGCCUACGGUUUUAAGAUUAGCAGCAUUAACAAGCUAGUUGAUACAAAGGCUGCGGAUGGUACGACCCUCUUGCACUUUGUUGAACGCGCGGUUUCCAAUCGUUUCCCAGAACUAGAAGGUUUUGUGGAUGAGAUUUCAUUGGCAACUGAAGCUUGUCGGGUUCAGCUGCUUGACUUGAAACAUGAUUUAGCCGAGCUCAAAUCCGCCAAUGUGCAGCACAAGAAAGACCUUGAUCGUCUUCUGGGUGAAAAUGAGGAGAAUUCGGAGGAUCCUUACAGUAAACUUAUGUUACCCUUCCUGAACACAGCCACAACAGAGCUGCAACGUCUUUCUGAUCAAACGCAGUAUACUGAGCGUGUUUUUAAUGAUGCUCUACGCUACUAUGGUGAAGGUCCUGACCCGCUGCGAAGGAGCUUCACUGGGGCCAAGACUAUGCCGACAGAAGAAUUUUUUGGUAUUUUUAAAGAGUUUCUAACUGCGUACCGAAAAGCAAAGAUGGACAAUGCGACUUUGGCACAGCAACGUGCAUUAGAAGCAGCACGCCGUGCUGCUGCUGAGGAGCGUGAUAAGGAACUCAAAGAGGCACGCGCUCGUCGGGAAGCUGGCAUCGAUGAUAGUGCUGUGCUGGAGACCCUACUUACCUCCUUGCGCACUAGUGGUGGAACACCACGUCAGAAACGCAAUCAGCGUAGGCGUGCAAGACCAUCUACGGCAGAUUUACGAACAGUGCCCGAGACAGAUGCCGAAGAGACAUCUGAGCACCCGUCAACAAAAGCUGCAGAGAUGCUCGCGCAGCUUCAAGGCGGAGAGAAACGAGAACACACAAGUGGACUCACUGCCACUGCUUUGGCCACUGUGGCCGCGCGAGAAGAUCGGCGACGUGAGCGACGCGAAAGGAACAGCAUCCCAGUACUUCAAGAUAUCCCUCGUCCACCUUCUUCUCGUGCCAGCAGUCGCACCGAUACCCCUGACACAGGUCUGAAAAGUCCCGAGUCGGAAGAUAACGCUCCAAUCACAUCCACCUCGCCAGACGCAAACUCUCGCUCUGCAACGAAGACACCACCGUCGCAGUCACAACCGAUGGAAGCUAAUCUUAUGGCUGUAUCACCGACGCCUGUGUCUCGAUGCUCGCCGGACUCGCUCUAUUUGACGCCAGAUGCUCAAAGACGCAGCUCCCAGGCGACCUCAUCAACUAUGGACUCACCGCUACAGGUGACGACCCCGGAUGAGUUUGAAAUAGAUGAAUUUGUUAUCUAG